AUGGACAGACCAACAAUCGAAUAACUAUUCAAAAUCAUAUUUGAAAUCAAUAAAGACUAGCAUUUCAUUUUCUGUCAUGCCUGUUAAUUAAAAUUUCCUAUUGUAGAACCAGAAUAAGCAACUUAAUAUAUACAUCACUUCUCUAAAGAUCAUGUUUAUAACCUUUCAAUUCUUGCUACUAAAGAAAUUAUGAAAUCUAAAGAAGCUGCAAAAAAAGAUAAUCCAAUUUCCUAAGUUAUUCCUUUAUUCGAUUUAGAAAAAGCACUCCACAUCUAAUAAUAAUAAUCUAAAAAUGGUAAUCUCUAUAUUCAUAUAUUUUAGUACUUCAUUAAUAUCUAAAAGAUUGUAUUGUUAAAUUACCAAGCAUUUAUGAUUAACUUGAACUCAAUAACUUAGAAGCAUAUAUGAGUACUCUUCGAAGAUUAUAUUUGCAUUUACUUAAUCAUAAUACUUCUAUUCUUACUACUGAACUUUGUUUCUCAUUUGUCGAAAUCUAUAAAACUGAUAAAGACCUUUAGUUAAUUAGAAAAAUUGUUAAAGCUUUUAAUUUCCCAUUAAAUCAAAAUUAAAUACUUAUCCUUAAUCCUCAUAAAUUAACCUCUCCUAACUUAUAUCUUGAUUUAUUUGUUGAAUUUUAUUAAAUCUUUAUCAAUGACUUAAUGGAUUUAGGUUUAUCUAAAGAAUGUCUUAUUUAUCAUCUUGCAAAAAUUGGAACACCAAUCAACAAAAUUAUUGAUUUAAAACUUUAUGAAAUUAAAGAUAAAAUUGAUGAUCUCAUUAAUAAAGGAAUUAAUGAAGAAUAAAAUAUUUUCUUUUUAACAAUUAUUGAAAAAUUAGAACGUUACGAAACACUUAAUAGUCAUUCUUAUAUAUUUUCUAAAUGGAAUACAGAAUCUUAAUUAAGAAAAUGGCUUAGAUAAAUUAGAAAUCGUAUUAGAGAUUCAACUACUGAUGAAAAAUACAAAAGUUUCUUAGCAACUGCUUCUCUUCAAUAAAUUCAACAUUGGAAUAAGAUUCAAAUUUAAAAUGAGAAGAAUUCCACUAAAGAUAUGAUUUCUAUCUUAGAAACAAUUAAUCAAAAUAAAAAUUAAUCAAAAAAAAAAAUUAAAUUAUCAAAUGAAUAAAGUAAUAUCAUUCAUAAAAAUUAAUCAAAUUAUGUUUAAUUAGAAAGAUAAACUUAGGAAGAAACAGAAAAAAAUGGAUUCAAUAUCAAUUUUAUUGAAUUACAAUCUGAGAGUUAUUCGGAACAAGACUCAAAUAAUAUAUAAAUUAAAAAUAUUAUACAAAAAAAUCCUAUAAAAAAAAACUUGUGCCUAACUAUAAAUUAAGAUGAGAGUCUGGAUAAUUAAAAAUAAAAAGCUUAUCUAAAAAAGACAUCUAAAAGAUGA